AUGCGCUUCGCCACUGCCGCUUUGUUUGCGACUGCCGCCCUCGUUGCGGCCAAGGAGGCGCCGCUGAACGACAAUGGCAACACCGUUGACGACUCUUACAUCGUCAAGUUCAAGGAUACCGUCUCUCCGGAAGACGUUCAGCAGCACAUGGACAACCUGAAGGAGUGGAACGACAAUUGGCCUCUGCGCGGCGAGGCUGGCAAUGGCGGCAUCCGUGUCGACAAUGACAACGGCUCGGGCGAGUCGGGCUCCCAGGGAGACGGCAAGGACGACUCGAACCAAACCGAUGGUGGCGAGAAGACGGACGACGAGAGCAAGGACGGAAAGCAGGACUCUGUUUCACAGGACGACACUACGCAGCAGCAAUUCGACCCCUGGCAGGCUUCGCUUGAGGACUGGCAGAAGCAUUACGAGCGAGUCAUCAGCGGCAUCUCGCACGCUUGGUUCUACCAGGCUAUAAACUACUUUGGCUACUCGGGCCGCUUCUCCAAGGAGGUUCUCGAGAAGAUCCGCAACGACGACCACGUAGCCUACGUCGACAAGGACCAGGUCGUCAGCAUCUGA